CCCCGGGGGUGCGCCCGCCCACCUUGAACUAUGCUUGGGUCCGCCCCUGCUUGUAUCAUUGUUAAUCACCUCAAAAGUGGGAAUAACGUUAUCUAAAAGCUACCAAAUUCAUAAAAACAAGUUGGCCACGUUAAGCUUGUAAGCCCCACCCCAUAUGACAUCCUCUUUAAGGGGAACAUCAAAAUUCCUAAGUGGCCCCAAUCCCCAUUACUCUCAUUUGUCACCAUUUUCAACCCAUUAUAAAUCCAUGCCAAUGCUUCCAUCCGAAUCCAGUUCCAGUUCCAGUUCCAAUUCCAAUUUCAAUGGAAACUCACCGCCGGCAGAAAGCCAAUUCCACGGGAGAUAUAUUCACCUUCCCUUCCAUGUCACACGAUUUGAAGUCCGAAUCCGAGUUAGCCGAUCAGUUAUUCUCCAACGAACGAGCAGCAUUAGCAGCAAGGGCUCGUUGAUGUCGUCUCGUAGUAACAGCUCAAACAGUAGCAGUAACAGUAACAGUAGCUGCAGCAGUGCGCGAACAAGCACUAGCGAAGCGUCACCAAGAAAAAAGUUAUCAACAACCAAUCAAGCCAGGUCUGUUGCAGUUAAAUCUAGCAACAUUAGCCAUAGGUUUCCUAACAAGGAAUGGCAAGCUCGAAACUACUGCGACAAAUACGGGCAUUCGCAGAGAUGGCAGUUUAUUUCGCCGGUUCCAGUGUUGAACCGGCGAAAUUCUACGAAGAAAAGGAAGGGGAGGAAAGGGAAGCGUGAGAGAGAUGUUAGGAAGGGGGUUUGCAGGAGGUUUUUUGGGUGGCUUGUGUCGACAUGCCAAGAGUGUCAUGCUAUUGAACCUUCUAAGAGGUUGAAAGUGAGUAUUUGAUUAAUAAUUAUUUAUUGUUUACUUGUGUUUUUUUUUGGAUAAAUUCAUGGGGUUGAAUCUGUGAUUUCUUUCUUUCUGUCUA